AUGGUGUGGCCAAUUCGUGAAUCACUAUCUAUUACAGGGUCAAGAAUUAUUACUUCAGUUCUUCGAUCAAACUCGCCUUACCCAAGAUUUAUGAAUUGGGUAAAAACUGAAGGUUGCCAUGCAACAUCAAUGCCUUCAUUCAAGGAAAAACCACAAGAGGAUCAUGGUUAUGAAAAUAAAGGUGUUGAUGUAGGGAAUAUGUCUGAAAUUGAUGGCUACUUGAAUCUAUUUGGUUUGAUGAAACAAAGGUUCUACAAUUUCAAGAACCAAAAAUACAUAAAAGAAUUAGAGCAUUUUCAAUCUCUUGCUAAAGCUCAAUAUCCAAAGUUUAUGGUAAUUGCUUGUGCAGAUUCAAGGGUAUGUCCCUCUAAUGUAUUAGGAUUUCAACCUGGUGAAGUCUUUAUGAUUCGUAACAUUGCGAAUCUUGUUCCUAUGAUGAAGAAUGGUCCAUCUGAGUGUAACGCUGCGCUCGAAUUCGCAGUAACUACUCUUCAGGUUGAGAAUAUAUUAGUAAUUGGUCAUAGUAGUUGUGCCGGGAUCGAAGCUCUGAUGAAUAUGCAACAUGAUACCGAACCAAGAAACUUCGUACACAAUUGGGUUGCCAAUGGGAAAGUUGCCAAGUUGAAGACCAAAGCUGCAACAUCUCAUCUUAGCUUUGAUCAACAAUGCAGAUUCUGUGAGAAGGAGUCUAUUAACCAAUCUUUGUUAAACUUGCUAAGUUAUCCAUGGAUAGAAGAUAGAGUGAGGAGGGAAUUGGUUUCUAUUCAUGGUGGAUAUUAUGAUUUUUCUAAUUGUUCAUUUGAGAAAUGGACACUUGAUUUUAACCAAUGCGAUGUUAGAGAAGAAGAAAAGAGUUAUGUUGUCAAAGAAAAAGAAUUAUGGUGCUGA